AUGACUACAAAUAUAACUGAGCCACAUUUAAUCAAUGAAGUAAGUUCUUCAGCUAUUAAUCAUACCAAUAACAUAACGAAAGAAUAUACUCAUCAAACUACAGAACUCAACAAUAAAGCUCAAAACAAUGGUACGAGCGACUACAAGAACAGUCUUGAUACCAAUACUGUCACCAAUGUAGUUGAACCUACUGUAUCAGAAAUAAAAUUCGAUGAUAAUGUACGCUCUUCAGCAAACUUAAAUAAGAACAAUACAGCAAAUAUGGCAACACCAACUAAUUCUAUUCCAACCUCUUCUUCUUCUCUCAUCCCUCCACCCCCAAUUCCGCAUGUCGAAAUCAACCAAGUUCCAUUAUCUCUUAUUAUAAGAAAUAUUACAGUUUAUACAAUUAAAGAAAUAUCUCAAUUUUUAAAAACCAACUUACACCAAUCAUUUGAAAACAAUCCUUCAAUAAAGAAAGUGAAUUUUGUCAAAUUAAUCAUCUUUCUUAGAAAUCAGUUUUUGAAACUGUAUGUAUUGAUAAAAUGGACAAAGACUAUAAAAAACAAUAACUUCCAUGUAUUGAUCGAUUUACUGAAUUGGUUUAGAAUCACUAAUAUGACAGUGAAUAAUUGUAUUUGGACUUUCAAAAAUAGUUUAAUCUCAAUGACUAAUGCUAAGUUACCUGAUGUAGAUUUAGUAACAGCUCUAGAAGUUUUAAGCCUUGGUAGGCCAAACCUACCAACUUAUAACUUAAAAUUAUCAGGUGAUAUAAAUUCUAAUUCAGAAGCUAUCCCAACAGAUUUAAUAUUGAAAAGAUUAAAAGAUUUAAAUUUAGUAGUAUCCAUUAAAAUUGCAUUAAUGGAUAUACCACCACAAUUUAAUAAUUAUUAUAUUAAGAACGGGAGAAUAUAUAUCACUGUAGAAAAUGAAUUUGAAAUUCAAUUAUCUACUAUUGAUCGUCAUUCCCCAUUAUUUUUUGUUGACUUAAAUCUAAUUUUUAAUCAUUCAAAAGAUUCAAAUGACUUUAACAAUGAUGUUGACAGUAACAGUGGUACUCUCAAUAAUAGUGAGGUUUCUAAUUAUAAUAAUCAAGUGACUAGCAGGGAUCGCUCUCAUAACAUUAUUUCCAAUACAAAUGUUAUGAAUGACUGUACAAAUUGUGUUUCAAAUAAAAGAAUGGGCAAUGCGAUUGAAUAUGAUUUGUCAUUGAACAAGAGAAGAUUAGAAAAAAUUAUUAAUGAAUUAUUAUUGAAGAGUAGCAAACCGCUAUAUUCACUAUAUCAAUUUCUUCACAAAUAUGUAUUGACAUUACAACUUUACAUGAUACAUGCUGAAUUGACCAAUUUGGAGACUUUUGGUAAAUUUUCUGGUGGUGGUAAUUUAGCACAUUCCUAUGACUCUAAAAAAGGUAAAAUUAUUGGGAGAUAUUGGUUAAACGGGAAAUUGGGUAAUAAAGGUAAAUUUACUAUAGGUGUUGACAGACAAAGUGAAUCAUUGGUGUUAAGAUGGGAUAAUAAAAUUGCUGUUAAGGAAGGUAAAGAUAAUAAGAGAAUUCCUAUCAUAUAUACUAAUAUAUUACAAAACAUGGAAAAUAUUCUUGAUGAAAUUAUGUUUAAUCAUGCCAAUUUAAUUAGAUCGGAUUUACUGUCUCGUGGUAUAUUCCAAGAAGAUGAAGACGAUCCAACUAUUUUAUUAUUACAUAUUCCUGUAACUUGUGUCUCAGUAGCACCAGCCCAAUUAAAGAUAGACCCUAUUACAGGCCAAUUGUAUUUUAAAAAUCCAAGUCCCCUUUUAAUUGCGUACACAAAAAAAAUAAAUAGAACAGAAACCUCUAAUGAGUUAAUAAUAGUUUUACAGCAACUAAAAUUAGAUAAAAUAACAACUAUCCUUAAAAAUAUGUUUCAAAAGACAGGAUGGAUUUGCUCUAGAGCAGUAACUUUAGAAAAGCCAAUUGACACUAAGUUAAUUUCAAAUAAAUACGUGGAUGAAAAAGAAAAUCCCAGUCAAAAUAAUGAUGAAUUAGUCCUAUUACAAAGAGAUUUAUUCAUAUGUUUACCUAAUUGGCCAAGCAAUUGGUACUUGAUUUUGACAAUUAUUUCAUCGAAUUCUUCAUGUAUAGUAGAAAAGAGAAUGGGUAAAAUUGUAUCACAGAAAGGUAAAUGGAAGUUGACAUACGUGGAUCAGACAAGUGCAACUUCAUCAAAGCUAGAAAAUAUUACUUAUCAAAAAAUCAUGUCUCUGCAAAAAACAAUACUACACAGAAUUGUUAAUCAUAUGCUUAUUGAUUCUUUGAAUCAUUUGAAAAUAAAAAAUAGAAUAUGCUCACCAACUAUAAUUCAAGAUAUUUUACCUUCAUAUUUGACAAGUAUUCAAGCUCCUGAUCCAAAAAAUAAACUCACUGAGACUGAUGAUGUUAAUGUAAAUAGAUUAUCUACAUCAUUUAAUGAAGAUUAUACACCUAUUCUAAGGCUGGAAUUAGACUCCUUUUUAGAUUGUUAUAAUACAUUAGGAGGGAUUCUAGAAAACUCCAUGUUUAUGAGAAUUGACUAUGUCAAGUCAGAUAUUAGAUUAUAUGCUAGAUUUAAAAGAGGUAUAAUGUUGGAACAAGUCAAAUGCGAAGAAAUGUUAAUUUAUUUUGUCCGAGAAGAUCCACUAACAUUUUACAUGACAGAAAAAUUUUCGUCAUUGUCUCAUAUUGUAACAUAUUUAAAUCUAUUUAAAGAAAAAUUAAUGCAAUUAGUGAUUAUCACUGAUGUUGUGGAACGUCUACAUAAAAAUUUUGAAUCUGAUCAUUUCAAAAUUAUGGCUUUAAAACCAAACGAAAUAUCCUUUAAAUAUUUAAAAUCAAAUAUUGAUAUGCCAGACUGCAGUAUCAAUAUAAUUACUGAAGAAAGUAAAAUUAAAAAUCUAUCUGUGAAGUUAUCGGAGACGAAUCCGCAGAGCAUAAUUCAGCCAUAUCUUAAUCAAGAGAAUAUGCCUUAUCAUUCUAUAUUUAAUUAUUUGCAAUUCACAUCAUUAUUUUUUACGACAUUACAAAAAAUAUUAAAAGAACAUGCACCACAGAAAGAAAAUCAAUUAACAACAGUACAUUUAGGUAUUCAUAGCCUAACUGAAUAUCAAUUAAUAUACUGUAACAUAGAAUCUGGUACAAAGAUUACUGUUAUGAUCAAUAUAAAGUCUGUCUGUCAUAAUUCCAAGCGAAAAGUACAAUAUUAUGUUCAUUUUGCAGAUGAUGAACAUAUAACAACCAAAUCUUUAGCAUACCCACAGGUGCAUCAAGUGAAAAAUCAAAUAUUCAUGUUUGAUUCUAAGAAACAAGCAUUCUCCUCAAGUUCGGAUCCAGUAACGGAAAGGAAGUAUCCUCGUGCUAUCAGAUUAAUUGACGGUAUAUCAUGUGAUGCACAAGACAUUGAACCUAUAUUGUUGGAUGUUCAUGAUAUAUUAAAAGUUGACAGUAACUGUUAA